AUGACGAAAAUAAUCCUAAUGCUUACCUCGAUCAAAAGUGUCGUCGUCUUCCUUGCUGCUCCGGCGGCUCUCACCUCCGUCGGGAGUGGUCCCAGCCGCAGAUUCGUCCUUGUUCAAGAAUUGGCUAAGAAAGUUGGAAUCAGAGACUGGAAUUUAGCUGAUGGGAUAAUGACACUGAAGCAAGUUCUCAUUCAGUGUAUGCUAAGCAGCAUACAUGGAAGGAAAUCCGAUUCGGUUCAGUCCAGAAAGAAAAGUAGAGAAGUUCAAGAGCAGAUGGGUGACAACAGGUUCGAGGUUAAGCUACAGGUUUUGAUCGUAUAUGAACUGCAAGGGUACCAAGGUCUGGUAAAGUUUUACAGGCCACCGAAGUACAAGUUCUUUGCUAUAAGCAAAGGGUCUCAAGGUUUAUCACAAGAUGUGCGUGUGAGUGUGCAGUUCACAGCUAUGUUCAGAAGGAAGGCUUUCUUGCAUUGGUACAUUGGUGAAGGGAUGGACGAGAUGGAGUUCACAGAAGCUGAGAGCAACAUGAACGACCUUGUCUCAGAUUACCAGCAAUACCAAGACACAACUGCUGAUGAAGAAGUGGGUACGAGGAUGAGGAAGAAGGAGGAGUACUGA